AUGGUCUGGCUUUACCCAUCCCUGAGUAAAUUCAUGUUGGACACACAGCUGAGAUCAGAGGAUUUGAAUCACAUCAUCACACUACUCAAAGGUUCGGGCUCAAAAGAUUUGGAAAAAGAGAAGCUGAAAACUCUCAAGAAGGUAGUCAAGAAUUUUGAAAAUGGACUUCCCAUUAAGAAUGUAGCACAAAUUACCGAAAUUCUUAACCUGUGUGCAGAAAAAGUGGAUGAACAAGAAGCUUUCAUUGAGCCUUUAUGUGAACUUAUUAAAUUGUUUGGGUUACCAUUUCAAAAAAAGAAAUCGUCUGAUGAAGUAAAUUAUUCGGCUGAAAUUGCACAAUCCAUUGCACAACUGGGUUACUUGAUGAGAGUGCCAAGCUCUCAAGUUAAAAUACAAAUCUGUAAGAGUAUUGUUAACUUUUACAAUACAGAGCUACCAGGAAAGCUAUUUCCAGGUCACCAGCCAACAAAUGCAAACUAUAAAAUCCAAAUGGCUGAAGGAGGAUUAGUAGAAGCUCUUGUUUUGUCACUACCAUUAGUUGAAAAUCAACUUACUGAGAAGUUGUGGGUGCUUAAAGCUCUCCAGCAUCUUUCCACCUCUGGAGUAAAUUGUGAACAAAUGGUGAAGACCCAAGCAGCCAGCAGGCUUUGUUUGUAUCUAAAUGGUGCUGAUCCCUCAGGACAGCUAGUGUUCCGUUCCUCAGAUAUCCUAUGGAAUCUGCUAGAAAGCACCUCAAAAGAAGAAGUUACUAAUCAGCUCAGGAGCUUGGAAUGUGUGCAUGCUUUGAAAGAAGUAUUUGCAGCCCUCCUCACAUGUGGCUUCCGGCACUGUGAUUAUCAGCUACGGAAUGACCUCUUGGUGAUUGCCACAUUACUAGCUAAAAACCCUGCAGUACAUAUGAUUGAAAGUGGAUUUGCAAAGCUCUUAAUAGUACUUGCAACAUUUACUGAAGUUAAACUUCCCAAUCCCUUCGUAAAAGGCUUUAAGCUUACUUACUCAUAUGAGGAUUUUGAGAUGAAGAAGUUACUAUUGAAUAUAAUAGGAAUUUUAUCUGAAGAUCCAUCUGCUGCACAGCUCCUCAGUGAAAAUCAUGUGAUGCCAGCUUUGCUUUAUUAUGUAAAAAAAAAUGAAAAGCCUGGAUUUCAUGGCUGGUCUGCUUCCCAGUAUGAAGAAUUACAGCUUCAUGCAAUUGCUGUUUUAGCUUCAGUGGCUCCUGUGUUAGUAGAUAAAUAUUUGUCCUGCCGAGCGAAUACUCUUCUCCUUGUGUUUCUAGAAUGGUGUCUAGGCCAAGCAUAUUAUUCUGGACAUAGAUUGUCUGCCAAAGCCAGUAUUCCUUGUGAUUGCUCCACAGAUCAUUUCUAUGGUCAAGGUAACAGUUUCCAUGGAACAGAUGGUCGUGGCAGCAAACUUGCACAAAUGCGCUACAGCAUCCGAGUGCUGAGAUCUGUUGUGGCCCUUUAUGAUGAUGCUGUGAGCACUGAUUUGUAUGACCAGGGAGCAAUUAGCCAGCUACUGGACAUCUUAAAGUAUGCAGCAGACAAAUCUAAAGAAAAAGAAGGUACCGUUCUACUGGAAAUCCAAGCUGACAUAUUAUUUAUUUUGUCUGUUCUCUGUGAAAAUGAUGUCCACAGAAAGGAACUCUUCAGCUGUGAAGGAAUUGAUAGACUUAUCCCAUUCUUUAAGAUGGAUCCAAGGAAGUUAUGUAUUGGAUUAGGCUACAAUUGUCUCCUCCUCAGUGCCCUCGACUGCUUGUGGUCCUGUGUCAUUGGAUGUUCCGUUGCAGAGGACUGUUUUAUUGAAAAACAAGGCAUUUUCCUCCUUCUGGAUUUGUUGGCAUCAAAGGAACAGAACCUGUGCAAUAUAAUUCUUGGAAUCUUGGUUGAAUUUUCUGACAACCCUAAAACCACUUUGCACAUGCGUGUCUGGCGAGGGAAGAGAGAUCAAACAGCAGCUAACCUUCUAAUACAGUUAUGGAGACAGGAGGAGUUGGAUUUGGGAGUAAAACGUGAUCAGUAUGGAAAGAUUAUUGACACUAAGAGACCUCUUGCUACCAGCUUCCAGAAACAGCAAAAGGUCAUACCGGUGCCUGCCAGCUGUCCCAGUUUUGCCAUCAUGGAAAUUUCAGAGAACAUAAGGGCAAAAAUUUAUUCAUUAUUUUGCAAGCUAGGUUUUGAAAAUUUACCUGGCUUAUCUACUAAGGAUUUUGUUACACUUGCUAUUAUACAACAUUAUCUUGACUUUAAAAUUGGAGAGGUUUGGAGUGAAAUACGUAAAGAACUAAAAGAAGAAUUCAGGCCUGUUACUCCUGACAUGACAAUCUUGAAAUUCACUUCAGAGGCGUCAGAAACUACUGGGGAAAGGGUUGCUGUUCUGCAGAAUGAAAUACUUCAAAGACAACACCAUGAUGAAAUACAGGAAGAGAAAAAAACUUACAAAGAAAUCAAAGAUGCCCAUAUACAGAAAGAAGCGAUAAAGGAAUCUUGGGAAAAUUUCUUGACUCGGACAUCAAACUAUGAGGCAUUGAAGAAAGCAAAAAGGCUCCAGGAAACAUUAAUAGAGAAUUCCAGAUUGAAAGCAAAGAUUCAAAACGGACCAGACUAUACUACUGAUAUUAAAAACCUCCAUAUAACAGUUGGACCUGGUCGCUUUGUAACUGUGCAAAGAGCUCCUCCUCAGCACGGUGGAGGGCCACUGGCUGAUACAGACCAUGCUCGUAGAAAGUCCUCUCUUUGUAAAGGAGCCUUAAAAAAGAUCAAAAGAGAUAAAACAUUGGACUCGGUAAAGAAAAAAUCAGUAUCUAUAGAAUAGAUGCUGUUUCUAAGAGUGCUAUAUUAAUGUUAUUACCUAUAUGUAGAUACAAGAUAAAAUCUGGGUUUAAUUAUUUGAAAAAUUGCUUAGAACAUCAUAAGACUAAAAUUAUAUUUUCCCUUAAUUAAUAUAAUGUGGGGAUGUUUUAUUAAUAAAGUCCCCUGUAAAGUAUGGUACCAACCAUAUGUUAGUCUAGUAACUUUGUGUGGUAAUAUCCAGUUGUCAGCAGGUCCAGUUUUCAUUCCCAUCUCUCAUUGACACAUUCCAUAUAUUGCAGUUUAAAUAUUUCAUUGAGCAAGGUGAUAAAUCUCAACAUAAGCACAUUCAGUUCUUCAUUUUUCUGAAUGCCAUACCCACAUAGUUUUUGUCCAAGCUCGUUUUGUUUCUUGAAUUGCCACUUUUAGCAUCAGGACUUCUGACAUCCCAGUUUUCAUCUAGACACUCACCAAGGAGCUUGUUUAUGCCAACAGUUUCUCCCAGCCCAUUGGAGAGACCUGCUGCAACAUCCUUCUCCAUUUGGAUUGCUCACAGCUCUUAACUGAUCUUACUAAUCUAAUAAUUGUUGGGUUAUUAUUCCUAUUGUCUCCAAAAAGAACUCAUCUUCUUCCACUGUGGCACCUUUAGAAUACCUACACAAACUGCUGAGCAGCAAACUUUUGUGUAGAUGACUCAAUUUCUGAGCUAUUUUCUUUUUUAAUUUGGUCAGUGCCAGAAUUCACUACAUUACAAUAGCACAAGAUUCCCUGGGGCUCUUAGUUUUAAAACCAGUUGUUAUCCAGUGCUAUGGCAUAAAUUUCUGUGACAUUGCAAGAUUUUAUGCUCUGACAUGCAAACUGGCAGUUAGUCUGUCUUUUUUGCCUGUCAGCAACAUCUUGAGAAAAGCACAAACUCUUGCUUUUUUAACUGCCAGCUUGAAAAAAAGGAAAUAAAUUUGAGCUAAACAUAUUCCAACUCCCUUUUUUUACUUCUUGAAAGAGGGAUGAGAUAGGUAUGUGUAUAAUUGUAUCUUAAAAAUGUUUGUCACAUAACAAGAUAAAUGUAGCACUGGUGGCAUUAAAAAUAAAGGCAAAUAGUUUUGUUUCAAAAUUGACUACCUAAAUUCUAUGAAAAGAAGAACCCUAAGAAAAUAAUAAAAUAAAACAUACAUAUGAAAAAUGGUAUUUGAGGUUUAGAAAAAUUGCUACGUGUGUUUUCCAAAGAUGAGAAGGAUUUUUCUUAUGGGCAGGUCUGUUAAACCUUUGCUGAGUAAGAAAGUUAUCACAUUGUACAGUAGGAAAGUCAUUUAAUACUUAAAGCUAAAGAAAUUAAAUUGAGCUGUGCUAAUUUAAUUUAAAUUUUAUGCUGACCUUUUCCUGACUGAUAAUAUUUAAUUAUAAUCUAAUUUCAUGAUGACUUCUUCCCAAAACUAUCUGUAUAAAGUUUGUUUUAUUGAACUAGCCCUGUUUGUGUAUUUCUUGCCUGUCUACAAGAAAGGUUAUCCAAGGUAUAUAAAGAUUCUCUCACUAAAGUCUUCUGUGUCAAGUCA